AUGAUUCGAAAGUAUGGAGAAGAAUUUUGGUCAAAAGUUUUAGUUCGAGCUGGAUUUGAAGCUGGAAAAGAGAAUAUUGUAAAUCAUUACUAUUCUGAUAGUGAUACCUAUCUACUAAUUGAUGCUGUCAGUGUUGUUUCCAAAAUGCCAAAAGAACAGGUAUGGGAAAUGUAUGGAGCUUUUCUCAUCGAAUAUACUAUGGAAAUUGGUUGGGAUGAUUUAAUCAGAUCUAUGAGCCCUAAUUUGAAGGGUUUUUUGGAUAACUUGGAUUCUCUUCAUUAUUUCAUUGAUCACGUAGUUUAUAAAGCAAACUUGCGAGGUCCAUCUUUUCGAUGCGAGGAAAAUAAAGAAGGAAAUAUAACUUUACAUUAUUAUACUGGAAGACCUGGAUUAUACCCUAUAGUAAAAGGAGUUAUACGAGAAGCUGCAAAACGAGUAUUCAAAAUUGAUGUUUCCUUGACAAUCACUGGAAGAACUCAGCGGUCUGUUCAGAUGGCAACUGGUGAGAGGAUAGAAGAACAUGUCGUGUUUGAGAUAAAGACUGUUAAGGGUGAUGGAGAAAAAGAUGUUGAAGCUUUUAGUUCAAAGAAGAUUGUAAUAUCCGGCUCGAAUGAUUACAAUAUACGCUUGACCAGUGAUGAUUUCAUACAAACCUUCCCAUAUCACUUUGUGAUUGAUCAAGAUUGCAAGCUGGUCCAAGUUGGAAAUGAACUAUACAAUCAUAUCCCAAAAGAUUUAUUAGCACCAGGAACUUUAUUAAUUAGAGUUUUCGAAGUCACCAGACCACAGAUUCCUUUGGAUUUUGAGACGAUUUGCAAUUUCAUUAACGCUGUUUUCGUUCUACAAGUGAAAACAACACCAAUGGAGUUUCUGAAAACUAAACGUAACAGCCAGACAGAAACAAUCGGGUCUGUAUCGGACAGCGAACACAGUACUACGAACGACAAUGUAUUAACUCAAAGUCAGCAUCUCAAACUGAAAGGACAAAUGUUUUUAAUGUCAACAGGACAGCAUAUAAUUUACUUAUGUUCUCCAUACGUUACAUCCAUUCCCGAAUUAUUACAAUUUGGAAUGCGUCUGACUGCCAUCCCUCUGCACGAUACUACUAGAGAUUUGAUUCUACUCAACCAACAGCGACUAUCUGAUGUGGAAAUGAAUAUGCAACUUGAAGCGAGUAAUGAACAGUUGGAAAUGAUGGCGAAGGAUUUGGAGGUUGAGAAAGGAAAGACUGAUGCUUUGCUUAGUGAAAUGCUUCCUCCUACUGUCGCGAAUCAGUUGAAGAGCGGACAAACUGUUGAUGCUAAAGAAUAUGCAGAAGCAACAGUUAUGUUCUCGGAUGUACCUGUAUUCCAACAAAUCGUUCCAUAUUCCCAACCAAAAGAUGUCGUUCUGUUACUCAACAACCUGUUCACACGUUUCGAUCGUUUGGUUGUUAUUCAGAACGCUUAUAAGGUUGAAACAGUUGGAGACAGUUAUAUGUCUGUAGGAGGAGUUCCUGAACAAUCUGACAGUCAUUGUGCAAUAAUUUGCCAUUUAGCAUUGGGAAUGUUAAUGGAAGCCUUAAGCGUUCAAAAUCCGAUCACAGGCGAGCCAUUGCAAAUCCGCGCCGGAAUCCAUUCAGGACCAGUUGUCGCUGGCGUUGUGGGAGCUAAAAUGCCAAGAUACUGCUUGUUCGGCGACACAGUCAAUACAGCCUCUCGAAUGGAAAGUCAUAGCCCCAUAGGAAAAAUUCAUUGUAGCGAAAAAGCUGUUGAAUGUGCAGGUCAAAGUGGAAGAUUCGAAUUUGAGCUACGUGGCAAAGUUCAAAUCAAAGGAAAAGGCGAAAUGAACACAUAUUUCCUUCAGAAAAGUUUAAAAAAGUCUAUUUGGGAAAUAAUACAAAAGAAACGAGAUGAAAAUAUAAACACCAUUGAUGGAUAUACAGAGCUACAUGAUGGUUUGACGGAAAAAAGUGAAGUCAAAUUAAUCAAAUCACGAUCAUGUUCAAUAAGCUGA